CUUAACCUCAUCAACACCACAACAUCAAUAUCACGACGCUCGAAAAAACAUUUACAACUUCUCUCAUGACUUACCAUUCAACAAGGUAUCGGAAACCGAUCUCUUCUUUCGCAUAAGGCAGCGGAUCGUGAUACCAUACCAGCUGACCCCUGCCCUGACUAUCUACCCGCUCAUAUGAGCUUGUACCACUUCACGUCCAGGCACUAUUAUCGAGUACGGUUGAUCGAAAGAAGUGUGACUUCACAUCGGACUUGAUUCCGGUGUGGUAAACCUCCGGGCACCUUGUCCUCGAGCAUUCGCCUCAGUCCCCGUGGAUCGAUGUCGUGUAGCACCGGUUUGUCUUAGACUGUCCUAGACGCAUCAAUAUCUAUCACGUUGGUCACAAGUCCCUGACAGACUUUUCGGUUUUAUUUGUCGCAUCUUACGGGAAGGUCACGACUUUGCAAUUACUUCUCGUGGCUAGGGAUUAUCAGGUCGACAUUGACGUCGAUUUCUUCAUCAGUGAUGUCACAGAUCAAGUUAUGGCGGACCCUUCCGCUUGAUUCUUCCCCCGACUUCCCAGUAUUGUUGGUGUCCUUCCAUACAGACACAUCGGCCUACACUGUUCACGUCACUGAUAUGGCCAAUAUGUGGUCUGAAACACUUGAUCGUAAGGCGAUCUUUAUGAGAGGUUGGAACGAGAACACUAGUAUCGACCCUAGCGAUACGCCUGAUAACAUGGCCAAACUCUUGGGCUGCCUCAAUACUGCUCUGGAUUCUUCUCACCCAAGACACAAUGAGGCGAGCAUUCGUCUAGAUCGCGAUUCCCGGUCUGACGCGGGUGAUCAUGACCUCGUCUUGAACAUCACCUAUGAAAUACCUGGGUUACAGCCGCUCAAGUGGCCCAUGUAUUUGAAGAAGCUGCCGCCCUCCAGCAUCGCAACGCAUCUUGUGCUGCCUUUAAUUCAGGCACACCACGCAAAGGAUGUUGAAAUCGAAUUUCUAACUCGAUCUCUGGGGAACAAAGACGCAGUUCUCAACAAGCUCCUGGACAAGUUAGAAGCCGUGGGUACAGGUAUGGAGCAUGUCUUUAAUGCUUUAUCUGGGAAGAAGAAGAUCUCUAGAGCUGCGGCUGCGGAGAAAGUGCCUGGUCUUGCUCCUUUCGACCGUCGGCGCUGGAAGUCUGGCCUUGCGUAUGAAGAGGACUGCCCGAACGACGCCGAGUCCUUAGUACAAAACGUAUUCGAGAAGGGAGGGCUACAGUUUGAGCCUAUAAUUGAUAGCGUUGAGUCCCCUCGGUUGGACCAGUGGUGGCAAGAUUUCAAGGGCGCGUCCUCCGCCGCACAUCCACCUCAGUACAAAGCGGCUGUUGCGAAGGACAAAUCUCCGACUCCUCAAGACUCCGCAAAAGCACGUAUUGAGGAAGACGAUGAUGACUUCCAAGUUCAGUCUACACCCCCACACCUUCUGCCCCAGGGCAAAUCAACGCAUGCUAAGGAAACACUCGUCGCUGAUGAUGCGUCUACAGAGGGGGAAUCCAUAGCUUCGGCAGGCAGUGUAUCACCAGGCCCCGGCACACGCAAGCCGAACAAACCGGUUCGUAAAAUAGGAGCACUCGGUGGAAAGAAGCAGUCCACUCCACCUCUUUCCCCCAAUCCUGUACAGUCUCAUGCUCAGAAAAAGUCAUUGAGCCAACAACACGAUGAUUCAGAGACGGCAUCCGAGUCAGAGGAUGAUGAUAAACCAGCUACUGCUGAAGUUGAGAAAUCAGCCCCUUCAACUUCAUCACCACCACGGCCAGCGGCAAAUAGAAGCGGCCUUGGACGUAUAGGAGGCAACAAGACAAAGCGUCUAGUUGAAGAACAGCCAGUCACCCUUAAUCCGGAAGCGGGCGAGCCUAGCACGGCAGCAGUUUCUCAUCGUCAUUCCAACAAGUUAGGUGCCAUUGGGAAGCACAAGGACAACAUAAAUGAAGUAAUGAAGACGACGAACGAAGACAAUCGAAGGAGUCGAACCGCUACCAAGGAAGUUACAGCAGAGUCCAGGCCCAGGGAGACCUCACAGGAACGGGCGGACCGAAGGCGAGAGGAACUAAAAAAGGAGCUUGAAAAGAAAGCUGCUGCUGGUCCUGCUAAGAAGAAACGCAGAUUUUGAUCACAUAUUUUCUACUCUCGAAGUUGCAGGCUUAACCGCCGGGCGAUUUACUGCUAACAUCUUCUGGUACAAUACAUAUGGACAAUGCAAUGUCGAUUCUGGCAAUUGAUUAUACCUCCUCGAAGAAUAAACCAAUAUUGAUGCAUUGACAAUAUGAUCGUCUCAUUAUGAAUGAGCGAUCAAUACUACCUACCAAGACAUGUGCCUUCAUAUACUGGUUCAUUCCGGGGAGGUGUCCGCAUCAGACGCCGGAGGCCACUUCACACAUCUGGCCCAAGGUUCUACAUCUUGUGGUGAUUCAAUAUUGAUCGGGAAUCAGCAGGCGGGUAUUUGAAAAACCUCAGUUACCAAUUAUGUAUAACAUGAGAAUGCACUGCGCCUAUCCGGCCGCACAGGACGCCAUCGAUGCAACCUCACAAGUUCAUGCUGUGAACACCAAGGGAGACCAAUUCAGUGGAACCAAGAGAAGCCAUGAUAAACAUCCCUAUCUGUCGUCUCUAUAUCGAUUAUCCCAGUUGAUUCCCCGUCUACGCGCACGCCAUUGCUACUCAUCUGGCAUUCAUUGGCAUCACAAAUAUCUGGAGCUUUCAUGCUGAAGCGGAAUAUUGCUCCUACAUACAGCUAAAUCUUGUCCUUAUGCAUCAGUUGGAAUAUGGCGUAGCGUUUUCUGGAUGUCUCUGUCGAAUUUGAACUAUUUAAGAGCUUCUAUCUGAUAUGCCCAUUCGAGACUCAACAGGCGCCAGUGAAAUAAGCAAGCGCAGCCUCCGAUAUUGAGGGAUCUAUAUCCAUGUCUCCCAUACAUCAACGGUUGUCUCAAUGCUACAAUUGAUAUCUAUCGAACGAAGGGUUGACUGAGUCGAGUAGUUUCCAGAUCGUUGAUCAAUCAAGAUCCCUGCAUAUGUUGGCACAGUCUUUCAAAAUUCAGAAGCUAGUUUUGAUGUUAAAGCAUGAGAACGUGGUCACUCGUAAGGCACGGA